AUGGCCAGCUACGAAGCUCUUACCUACCCGUUUGCCUACGCAGGCCCUCAGCCCAUCAUGGACCCCAAGGAACGCUUUUACCGCCAGUUCCACCAGGAAGUUGCCACUUUACAGGACCGCAUCGUCAAGCUCGGCUCCAUCGCCGUCGUCGGCGGCGAACGCCAGGAUGCCAGGGACAGCAUCCUGACCAGCAUCUCCAAGCUAUCCCUCGAGGUAGCCGAUGCCUCAGACUACAUUCCCGCCUACGACCAGCGAACCUAUUCCGAGGCCGUCAAAGCACUGACGGAACAGCUCAACGAAGAGCUGGCCAGACUGACGCCCAAGUCCCGAUUUCAAUUCAAGCGCACGAACAGGACCACGGCGCCCACUGCUGCCGAUCCGCGCCUCCUCCGGGGAACGCCUCUGCCGGCCGCAGACAGCAAGGCCGACGCGGCCAGCACCCAGCCGGCCGUCCUGCCCAGCGGUAAGAACUACAACGCAGAGCUUUCCGGAUCUGGUGGCGAGGUGUCGUCGGUGCGCAAGCCGAGUUUUUCGUCGGCGCGCGAGGUCGCCCUCUCGGGCCACGCCGGCCUGCACAUCAUCCUGCCGCUGUCCGCCUCGCGGGCCACGGCCUCAGGCAGCCUGACGCACCUGCGCGGCUGCGUCGUCGACAUGUCCGUGCCGACGUCCAGCACGGGCAGCAGCGGCGGCGCCGCCUUCCUCAGCCUCGUGCUCAAAGACAUGGACCGCUGUCUGAUCGUGUCCGGUCACGUCAGCGGACCCGUGCACGUGACCGGACUGCGCGACUGCGUCGUCGUCGUGGCCGCCCGCCAGGUCCGCAUCCACGAGUGCCGCAACGUCGACCUGUACCUGCACUGCGGCAGCCGGCCGAUCAUCGAGGACUGCAGCGGCAUGCGCUUUGCCCCGCUGCCCCACGCCUAUGCGAGCCCGGAAGACGAGGCGGCCACGAACCACUGGGACGAGGUGGACGACUUCAAGUGGCUCAAGGCCGACCAGUCGCCCAACUGGAGCAUCCUGCCCGAGGACGCUCGCCUGCCCGAGACCGUGUGGACGGGCGCCGUGGCCGGCGCCGGCAUGAGCACCGAGGAUGUCCUAAAGGCAGUGGGCAUUGACAAGAAGUGA